CCCAUGCCUGCUUUUCUGCGCCACUCUGCGUGCUUUAUGGAGAGUAUAGUUCAGACGCAGAUAGUACACACAUUUCACAGUGGGGUCUGCGUAAGGAACACCUGUUUCAAAGGCAGCCAGCGACCCACCAUUGGAUUUGCAGAUCAUUCUGCUGAUGAAGGCGAGCGCCUGAAGCUUCAGACACUCUCCUGAUCUCCCUCGAGUCUUUGGAUAAUAAAAAAGGUGACGUUUGGGAAAAAAAUAAGAUCAAAGUUUUUGGAUUGCCCCAGCGAGCAACGUGCGAUCUAUAUUUUCUGAAGGAUUCAUGCUGAUGUAUGCAGUCUUUUAUAGAGUAAAAACAGCGCAUGCCUCUCUGGAGUCAGAUCCAUAUAUUCUGACGUAGCCUUGUUCGUCUAAAAAAAAAAUCCAAUAACGCCGGGUUUUAAGUUGCUAUGAUCAUCGUUAUCUUCUUCCAAUGGAGAAACUACGAAUUAUUAUUCUCAAUGCAGCUGGAUCGUCUGAAGAUCAAACAGCCUGCUAGACCUGGGAUUAUUUAAAAACAAUAUGUUAAUGUAAGCAGAAUCGCCGGCGGCGACAGAUGGCUCCGUUAGGUGAAGUUGGGAACUAUCUUGGUGCCCAGGAUGCAAUACCUUUUGGGAAUGUGCCCGUUUUGCCGGUGGAUAACCCGGUUCUCCUAAGUCAUCAUCUCGGCCAGUCCGAGGGGGUUUUGAGCAGGGGCUCAGUCACGGACCUGUCUCACUUAAAGGGGAUCCUCAGGCGAAGACAGCUCUACUGCAGAACUGGUUUUCACUUAGAGAUUUUUCCUAACGGGACUAUCCAGGGAACAAGACAAGAUCACAGCCGAUUCGGUAUUCUGGAAUUCAUUAGUAUAGCAGUGAGUCUGGUCAGCAUUCGUGGUGUCGACAGCGGACUCUACCUUGGAAUGAAUGAGAAAGGAGAGCUAUAUGGAUCGGAGAAACUAACCGCAGAGUGUGUUUUCCGAGAGCAGUUUGAAGAAAACUGGUAUAACACCUACUCAUCGAAUCUAUAUAAGCAUGCGGACACUGGAAGACGGUACUUUGUGGCAUUAAACAAAGAUGGAACCCCAAGGGAAGGGACUAGGACUAAAAGGCAUCAAAAAUUCACUCAUUUUUUACCAAGACCGGUGGACCCUGACAAAGUACCUGAAUUAUACAAGGAUGUUUUAAGCCAAAGUUGAUGAAGAGACAAUCGUAUAGUUCGGACCACUGAAAAAGCAACCACUAUAAUGGGUUCUAGUGGUGGGUUCUGAACGAUUAGCUGUGUCGUCAUGCCAGCACUACUGUUGCCAUAGUUUACCGCAUGCAUUGUGUAUGGAGGCUUGGAUGGGACACGCUGAUUUUGCGCUGCACUUACAGUUUGUCCUCUCAGAGGUGAGCCUGCUUGGUCGAAAAAAAAAAAACACGUGUAGGAGGGAGGAAUAUAGUCAAAUGCCGAGGAGAAAGAUGGC